ACAGCAAUGGUGGAUAUUUAAAGAAAUGUCCAUAUCAGAUCGUUCGUGUGACAUUUUCGUAAUAAUUACCGGAUUGAUAUCAGAGCCAAAUCCACAGGAGGGAGGAUGAAGCGGCGCAAUGCGGACUGCAGCAAGCUCCGACGCCCGUUAAAACGGAACCGAAUCACAGAGGGUAUAUAUAGCAGUACCUUCCUGUAUCUGAAGUUUCUGGUGGUGUGGGUGCUGGUGCUGCUGGCAGACUUUGUGUUGGAGUUCAGGUUUGAGUACCUGUGGCCCUUCUGGCUAUUCAUACGCAGUGUCUACGACUCCUUCAGAUACCAGGGGCUGGCGUUCUCAGUGUUCUUUGUGUGUGUGGCGUUUACGUCUGACAUCAUCUGCCUCCUCUUUAUCCCUGUCCAAUGGCUGUUCUUCGCUGCCAGCACCUACGUCUGGGUCCAGUAUGUCUGGCACACAGAGAGAGGAGUGUGUCUACCCACCGUGUCGCUAUGGAUACUGUUUGUUUACAUGGAAGCUGCCAUCCGCUUCAAGGACCUGAAGAACUUCCACGUGGACCUGUGUCGGCCCUUCGCUGCUCACUGUAUUGGCUACCCGGUGGUGACUCUGGGCUUUGGCUUUAAGAGCUACGUCAGCUACAAGAUGAGACUGAGGAAACAGAAAGAGGUGCAGAAGGAGAAUGAGUUCUACAUGCAGCUCCUACAGCAGGCUCUGCCCCCAGAGCAACAGAUGCUACAGAGACAGGAGAGAGAGGCAGAGGAGGCGGCCAUGGCUAAAGGUGUGUCAUCAGAUGUGGACCCUACCCCGCCGGUUUCCCAAAAUGGGUCAACUCCCGGCAAGAAGACCCCCAUUAACGCUUCCGUUCCCUUACCGGAACUGGAGUACCGGGAGAAAGGGAGAGACGGGAACAGCAAGGAACGGGAGGGCAAACAACAACAACACACAAUAGGAAUCAACAACAACAGUAUCCUCCACACACUGGACUCCACAUUACAGGAGACGGAGUAUAUGGAGAACAUGGGGGGGAAGAGACUUAACAACGACCUCGGAGGAGGAGAGAUCACACACACAGGCAACACACACACUCCCAAAGAGGAGGUGGGGGGAACCGGGGUAGGGGGAGGGAAGAACUGCAAAAAUGCCAGCGGAGGCGGUGUGGCCACAAACUCCUCCCCUCGGAAUCACAGCGCCACCAAUGGGACCGUGCCGUCGUCUGGCUUGUCCAAUAAGAACGAGAAAAAGACGAAGUCUGCGGGGAAGGGAGGAGCCAAUCAGAAGGAUCCCGUGGAGAACUGUAUUCCCAAUAAUCAACUGGGCAAGCCUGACGCUCUCGUGCGGUUAGAGCAGGAUGUGAAACGGCUGAAGGCGGACCUGCAGGCGAGCCGUCAGUUGGAGUCAGAUUUACGUUCUCACCUCUCCUCCCUGACCAGCCAGGACAGGAGUCUGCGCUCUGAGCUGGGCCAGCUGCGACAAGACAACGAGAUGCUGCAGAACAAUGCUGACCAGGCCAAGCAAAAGGACAAGCAGACCAUCUCCCAGCUAGAGAAGAGGCUGAAGGCAGAGCAGGAGGCCCGGGCGCUGGCGGAGAAACAGCUGGCUGACGAGAGGAAGAGGAAGAAGGUGGAGGAAGCCACCGCAGCCCGGGCUGUAGCACUAGCCGUAGCCUCCAGGGGUGAGUGUACUGACUCCCUGCGUGGGCGGAUCAGAGAGUUGGAGACGGAGUGUAAGAAGCUCAACAUCGACGUGAAACUGGAAGAAGAGCACAUUAGAGAGCUGGAGGGGAAAUGCCAGGAGCUGCGCAAGUACAAGGAGAAUGAGAAGGACAUGGAGGUGUUGAUGUCUGCGCUGUCGGCCAUGCAGGAUAAAACCCAGCACCUGGAGAACAGCCUGUCUGCUGAGACCAGGAUCAAACUAGACCUCUUCUCUGCCCUGGGAGACGCCAAGAGACAGCUGGAGAUCGCACAAGGUCAGAUCCACCAGAGAGACCAGGAGAUAGCAGAGUUGAAGCAGAAGAUAGCGGAAGUGAUGGCGGUGAUGCCCAGUAUCUCCUACAGCAACGACAGCAGCAGCCUGAGUCCCGUUACGCCACACUACUCCUCCAAGUUCAUGGACAACAGUCCCUCCUCUCUUGAUCCCAAUGCAUCUGUCUACCAGCCACUCAAAAAGUGACAGUAGCACGCACACACAUUAAUACACACUAACACACUUACUCACAAGGCAGCAUACAUAGUCCCAUUACACACAUUUUUCACACAUACAAAAGAUAAAUACUUUUGGUCAUGUUUUUAAGUUGUGUUUUUGGGAAGCGAUGGGAAAUGUUUCUCGGGGGUGUCUAGUACUAGCCUCUCAAAAAUGGGACACACCGGACCCAAUUGGUCAUGGGUUUGUUCCCAUGGCAACGCUUUUUUGUUGUCUGUUUUUGGAACAGAUGGAGAGGUUGUGUAAAACGACAGUUGACGUUUUAGGGAUUGAGAUGUUGACGUUUUAGGGAUUGAGAUGUUGACGUUUUAGGGAUUGAGAUGUUGACGUUUUAGGGAUUGAGAUGUUGACGUUUUAGGGAUUGAGAUGUUGACGUUUUAGGGAUUGAGAUGUUGACGUUUUAGGGAUUGAGAUGUUGACGUUUUAGGGAUUGAGAUGUUGACGUUUUAGGGAUUGAGAUGUUGACGUUUUAGGGAUUGAGAUGUUGACGUUUUAGGGAUUGAGAUGUUGACGUUUUAGGGAUUGAGAUGUUGACGUUUUAGGGAUUGAGAUGUUGACGUUUUAGGGAUUGAGCCAUUCUGUUUUAACUGGUAAGAGAGACAUAAAGGGACACCAGGUUGACAAGCACGCUGUCCAAAAAUAACACCCUAUUCCCUAUUUUGACCCGGGCCCAGUGGGAGAUGGAGGCAGAUGAGGACUGGCUGGUUAGUUGAUAUGAAUGUUUAGAAUGACUCGUUGUAUUGCUCGGUCACUCUUUCAGUCUGUCAGGGAUUCAUGAUCGCUCUCUCUUCUCUCUCUCCAUUCUAGUUCAGGUUUUUGUUGACUUUGAGUGUAUUGCCAAACUACUCUUGGUUUUAAAUGAGACAACUUAAACAUUUUGAAUUGUUAAAAUGGCACCUUCUGUGAGUUUGAUUAUGGAUGUAAAAUACUUAGUUCGUGUUUUGGUUUUAUCGCCCUAAAGUGUGUUUAAUUUUUUUUUUUUUUAAAGUGACACAUUUCAGUUUUAGUUAUGAUGACAAUGGUAAUAUCAUCAUAACUAAAUGUACGGAUCGCCAAUUUGUACAUUAUUCCAUUUUGAAAACUGUAACUGACUCCAAACAGCGUCCGGGAUUAUCAAUUAACUCAAAACACUCCUGAUUUUUUUUUUCGCGUUAACUCAAAACACUCCGGUCAAGAAAUCCAUAAAUCUCUCAAAAUAGGCUUGUCAAUAAAUAUGACCUGGUACUGUCUAGAGGUUAAGUAAUGUCAUCUGUUUGCUGGUAAAUGUACUUAAACCUGGCUCUCCUUUUGGACCAAAUUGCAAUCUGUUGUUAAGCCAUAUAACUAAAAACAUACUGGAUUUAAUGAUGUCUAGGUAACUGAUAUUUUAUCUGUUGUCAAUUUCACUGUGCCUUGCAAUUCCUUUUUAUUUUUAAUUUAAUUUUUUUAAGUAGUUAGUAUAAUGAGUUACUUAGUCGAUCUUGAUAUAGGUCCCUCCCUCCAGGCUGUGUCUCAAUAAUGUGAGCUUUCUGGCAAGCGGAAGCAACAUAUGGUGAAAGCUUAUCCAGGCCUCUCACCUAUCAUGAAGGAAGGAAGCCAGUGUAGUGGAUUGAGAUGUCCCCUUAUUUCUCACCAUCUCCCAUGCAGCCCCAGUCUCCCUUUUUUCUAUUAGGACUCGUUCUCUGAUGCAACACUGACCCAAGUAAACAAUGGGAUUUGGUUCGUCCCGUUUUGUAUAGGGAGUUAGGAACGACCCUGUCCGCCAAACCGCUAUUUAAAUAUGUCUGGAGCCUAAAGUUUUACCUGGCCAAGCCAAGUGGUCAGUAGAACCAACACCAGGCCUUUAUGUCCAAUACUACGGUAGCCCAGAGUGGACAUCUAUCUGUUUACAACCAGGGUUUUGGGGUCAAUUCCAUUUCAAUUCCAGGCAAUUCAGGAAGUACACUGACAUUCCAAUUUACUUUUUUUUUUAACAAGGGAAAAUGUGGAAUUGGAAUUCGGUUAACUCUCUGAAUUGAAAUGGAAUUGGCCCCCCGAAACCCUGUUUACAACCAUGUACAUUAUUACAUAGCGAUAAAUGUUGUAGUGUUUCAGUUCAAAGUGCCACGUUUUUGGUGUUUUCUUAAAUACAGCUCCCUCUCCAUUUCGUUACAUUGAUGUAUCUGUAGCUUGCUUUCGGUUUGGAUCAAAAGCAUCAGAACAUGGCUACACAUUGUUGUGCUCAUGUAUUUGACAUGUAGUUGUUGUUUUUUUUUCGACAUUCAUUGAAAGCAAGUCGAGUAAUUGGUUAGAUUUGACUCACUCUCUGCACUAUUAUUGCGCUUAUUUAUUUGGUGCAGCCAUUUAUUGUUUUCUCUUAUUAAGUAUUAUGUUUGAGAGAAAUCCAAUCUCUUUCUAGAAUGAGUCCAGGUCUGUUUCUGCGCAUGCCAACUCCUUAUGGAAUUGUCACGCCUAAAAAAAAAAUAAAACAUUUCUUGACAACUCCACUGAGUUGGAAAACAAGCGCUAACAGGUCUGGGACCAGGCUAAUCUCUUUCCGCCCGGGAUGAACGUGUGACGUGUAUGUAUUUGGGAAGUUACACCCUGCCCACUGGGCACACGCAGGUUGAAUCAACUUUGUUUCCACAUUUCAAUGGAAUUACAUUGAACCAACUGGAAUAGACAUUGAAUUAACUGUGCCCAGUGGGUGAUCAGUUUGCCGUGUUUUUUCUGCUGUAGGGUGAAAUUGCCCCGUCACAAAACGGCGAUCUUGGGUCAAUUUUACAUUAUCCCCACUAUUGAUUAAAAUUAGGAUUAGGGGAGAGGAAGCUGAUCCUGGAUCCUAGAGGAAACGUCAUCCCGGAGCCGUGUUUUCUCAUGUUUCCUACCUGGAAAGUAUUGGUGUGGAUCAUAAUAACGGAUUUGUGACCUGUUUUGUUUAAAAAAAAAAUAUGUUCUACAUGUUUUAGUGGGAAAGAAAAAAAGUGUUUCGUUUCUCCUGUUUUCGUUGUUCCACCAUGUUGUUUUCUCUCAACGUGAUGAUGGUGUCGGCCGCGGCCAAACUCCACUCACUUUGGGGCCCUCACCUGGAAUUAAAGAAGUAUCUUGCAGAAGAUGAUGAUGAUGAUGAUGAUGCAAGCUGUUUGAGAACAA